AAACCUCGCGGCCUCUCAGACGAGGGUGUGUUAGCAGGGGCAGCUCCCAACCCCCGUCCCGGACCCACGAAACACCUCGACCCCUGGCCCACCCCGGCCGUCACCGAGAACGGUCCCCCAGGGUGCCUAGGGACUUCCGGAGACCGACCGGAUCCGGAAGCUUCUGGGAGCGAGGGGGUGGGGCCGAAAAAAUCAAAAAAAGCGCGGCGAAAGCUAAAGGCCGGCGCAGGCUGGGCGGUGGUGGUCCCUAACGCGGGCCACGGCCGGUGCGAUGGACUCCACUGCCUGCUUGAAGUCCUUGCUCCUGACUGUCAGUCAGUACAAAGUCGUGAAGUCAGAGGCGAACGCCACUCAGCUUUUGCGGCACUUGGAGGUAAUUUCUGGACAGAAACUCACACGACUAUUUACAUCAAAUCAGAUAUUAACAAGUGAAUGCUUGAGUUGCCUUGUAGAGCUACUCGAAGACCCCAACAUAAGUGCUUCACUGAUCUUAAGUAUUAUCGGUUUGCUGUCUCAACUAGCUGUAGACGUUGAAACCAGAGAUUGUCUUCAGAAUACAUAUAAUCUGAAUAGUGUGCUGGCGGGAGUGGUUUGUCGGAGCAGCCACACUGAUUCAGUGUUUUUGCAGUGCAUUCAACUUCUACAGAAGUUAACAUAUAAUGUCAAAAUUUUCUAUUCUGGUGCCAAUAUAGAUGAAUUAAUUACGUUCCUGAUAGAUCACAUUCAAUCUUCUGAAGAUGAGUUAAAAAUGCCUUGUCUAGGAUUAUUGGCAAAUCUUUGUCGGCACAAUCUUUCUGUUCAAACACACAUAAAGACAUUGAGUAAUGUGAAAUCUUUUUAUCGAACUCUUAUCACCUUGUUGGCCCAUAGUAGUUUAACUGUGGUUGUGUUUGCACUUUCAAUAUUAUCCAGUUUGACAUUAAAUGAAGAAGUGGGGGAAAAGCUAUUCCAUGCUCGAAACAUUCAUCAGACUUUUCAACUAAUAUUUAAUAUUCUCAUAAAUGGUGAUGGCACUCUAACUAGAAAGUAUUCAGUUGACCUACUGAUGGAUCUCCUUAAGAAUCCUAAAAUUGCUGAUUAUCUCACCAGAUAUGAGUACUUUUCUUCAUGUCUUAAUCAAGUAUUAGGUCUUCUUAAUGGAAAGGAUCCUGAUUCCUCUUCAAAGGUUUUAGAAUUACUUCUUGCCUUCUGUUCAGUGACUCAGCUGCGCCAUAUGCUCACUCAGAUGAUGUUUAAACAGUCUCCACCUGGCAGCGCCACUCUGGGAAGCCAUACUAAAUGUUUAGAACCUACUGUGGCUCUACUGCACUGGUUAAGCCAACCUUUGGAUGGAUCAGAAAACUGUUCUGUUUUAGCAUUGGAGUUAUUCAAGGAAAUAUUUGAGGAUGUCAUAGAUACUGCUAACUGUUCCUUGGCUGAUCGUUUUGUGACCCUUCUGCUGCCUACAAUCCUUGAUCAACUUCAGUUCACAGAACAAAAUCUAGAUGAGGCUUUAAUAAGAAAAAAAUGUGAAAGGAUUGCCAAGGCCAUUGAAGUUUUGUUAACUCUCUGUGGAGAUGAUACACUAAAAAUGCAUAUUGCAAAAAUCUUGACAACUGUCAAGUGUACCACUCUUAUAGAACAACAAUUUACAUAUGGCAAGAUUGACCUGGGAUUUGGAACAAAGGUCGCAGAUUCUGAAUUAUGCAAACUUGCUGCUGAUAUAAUUUUGAAAACUCUUGAUUUGAUUAACAAACUUAAACCAUUGAUUCCUGGUAUGGAAGUAAGCUUCUACAAAAUCCUUCAGGACCCACGUUUGAUUACUCCUUUGGCUUUUGCUUUAACGUCAGAUAAUAGAGAACAAGUACAGUCUGGACUGAGAAUAUUAUUGGAAGCUGCUCCACUGCCAGAUUUUCCUGCUUUAGUACUUGGAGAAAGUAUAGCAGCAAACAAUGCCUAUAGACAACAGGAAACAGAACAUAUACCCAGAAAAAUGCCCUGGCAAUCAUCAAAUCACAGUUUUCCAACAUCAAUAAAGUGUUUAACUCCUCCUCAUUUGAAAGAUGGUGUUCCUGGAUUGAAUAUUGAAGAAUUAAUAGAGAAACUUCAGUCUGGAAUGGUGGUAAAGGAUCAGAUUUGUGAUGUGAGAAUAUCUGACAUAAUGGAUGUAUAUGAAAUGAAACUAUCCACAUUAGCUUCCAAAGAAAGCAGGCUACAAGAUCUUUUGGAAACAAAAGCUCUAGCCCUUGCGCAGGCUGAUAGACUGAUUGCUCAACAUCACUGUCAAAGAACUCAAGCUGAAACAGAGGCACGGACACUUGCUAGUAUGUUGAAAGAAGUUGAGAGAAAAAAUGAAGAGCUUAGUGUGUUGCUGAAGGCACAGCAAGUUGAAUCAGAAAGAGCCCAGAGUGAUAUUGAGCAUCUCUUUCAACAUAAUAGGAAGUUAGAGGCUGUGGCUGAAGAGCAUGAAAUACUGACAGAAUCCUACAUGGAACUUCUUCAGAGAAAUGAAAGUACUGAAAAGAAGAAUAAAGAUUUACAGAUCACAUGUGAUUCUCUGAAUAAACAAAUUGAGACAGUGAAAAAGUUGAAUGAGUCACUCAAGGAACAAAACGAAAAAAGUAUUGCCCAAUUAAUAGAGAAAGAAGAACAGAGAAAAGAAGUACAGAAUCAGCUAGUAGACAGAGAACAUAAGCUAGCAAAUUUGCAUCAAAAAACAAAAGUACAAGAAGAAAAGAUUAAAACCUUACAAAAGGAAAGGGAAGAUAAGGGAGAAACCAUUGAUAUCCUUAGAAAAGAAUUAAGCAGAACAGAACAGAUAAGAAAAGAGUUGAGCAUUAAGGCUUCCUCCCUAGAGGUUCAAAAGGCACAAUUAGAAGGUCGUUUGGAAGAGAAAGAGUCCUUGGUGAAACUUCAGCAAGAGGAAUUAAACAAACACUCCCACAUGAUAGCAAUGAUCCACAGUUUAAGUGGUGGAAAAAUAAAUCCAGAAACCGUGAAUCUCAGUAUAUAGACAUUAUGGCAUUUUGGAAUUUGUAAUCUCGUGAUAUUUUUGAUGUAUUUGUCUAUUGAAGGGGGGUGGGUAGGGGAGUUAAUUUGUGACUUCAUAACAAUAAGAAGUUAUUAUCUAAUUUAGUAAAGACCGGACCUGAUGCAUGUUUCUUAUUUGAUAGUUUGAAUAGAAAUUUAAUUUUUUAAGUUUUACUUUUUGUUUCUGGCUUUUAUUGCUUAAGGCUUUCUUUGGUUCUUACAUUAGAAAAUCAUUUUUAACCUCCAUUAUCAUUUUUCUAAGGUUCUUUCCUUUUUCUUAGUUGCUUUCUGUUCUGUUUUGCCUGUCUUAUUUAUUCUCAUUCGUGAUUAUUUAGAUCUUAAGACCAAACUUUCUUGAUAUAACAAUCCUAAAGAUUACAAAAUAAAAAUAUAGAGAGAGUAAAAGUAAAAAGUAAAGUAAAAAGAGAGAAGGUAUGAUUUUACUGCUAGAGAAGUUUUUCUCUGAAGGAGCACAAAAGAAAAUAUUAGUGAAUUUAAAAUAAUUUUUAUUGCUGCUGUGGCAUAAUUUCUAAAUUUGAAAAAAAUGCAAUGGUAAUAGAAUGUAUAAAAAUUAGAAAA